AUGUUGCACGACUGUCUAUUCACCAGCUACAAGCGGUACAAAGCGGACACGGACUAUGUCGCCCAUUGGCUCGACACUACCGCGAAACAAUGCGGCUAUGUGACGAACCAGGAGCCCCCCAAAACAGUGCCUGUCAAGACACAAAAGAAGCUGAAAGGAAGAGCAAGGACCCUUGCAAGACGCGACGCAGCAGACCUGAAGAACCAAGAAGAUGCGGCAUCAGGCACUCCCUACACAAUCGCGAUCAAAGACUUCCUUCCAAUGGCCGAGCAGAUAUCGUCAUUCAAUAGACCUCCUGUGAAAGUUCCGGAACACUUCACCAGAGUGAUUGAACGAGCCAUAUCUCUACGUAGAAAGGUCAGCAAGGCUCUGGCGGACCCGCAAUAUUCAGGGCCCUCUCGACCCUCUACGGAUCUGGAAUCGGAUUCACGUCACGCUCACUUUGUGGACAUCCUGGUUAGUGUGCAACAGACUUUAGGGCACCUUGUCAUUGAGAAGACGCAGGGUGACCCCAGACGACAAGGAGCCGCCAAGUCUUAUGACACGUCUGGCUUCAACUUCACCAAUACGUUCAAUUGCCUAUCGUCAGAUGGUUCGUCGACGACCGAACAAGACAACGACGGUGACAAUCUGGGCCAAGAUCCGCAAAUGGAAACACCGCGAGUCGUGCCAGAUCUGUGCUGCGAGGCAGAACAACCCACAGACUCUCUUGAGGCAUCUGUUGCGUUUGUGUGUCUGCUUCGUGAUAUGCAACAAGUGCGUGAAGUGAUUUUAGAAUGCUGGAGGAGUUAUCACACAGGUGACCUUGACCUUACCACGGUUGCCUUGACAUCUAAUACAGCUUUUGAGUUGGCCUGUCGCUUGGAAGGAGACAUGGAAGAGCUUGCUGGAUAUGAAGACCCCGAAUUGCUUUUGCAGAGCCAGCAUGCUAUCCUCUGUCAAAACCUGAGAGAUUUGCCAGAGUACACUGACCUGAGCGACGAUCACUUCGAGUUUGCAACGCACGAGGCCGCACCAAAAGCCUUCUUGUGGUCGACCUACAAGCAUCUGAGACAUUUCCUGGAAAUUGGAUGUAUGGAGACCGUGGUUAACGAGUCGCCAGACACCUACCGAGCCGAGUCUGAUAACUCAACCACGACGGAACAACAGAGGUUCUUGGAAGACCGCCGCCUUCUUCGCGAUGUCUUUUCAGACAUCAUGGUCUAUAUGGGAGGCCAGCACGUACACGGCGACUCGCACGUUGACGAAUUGACUCCGAGGCUUUCUCGACAUGUUUUGGUCAGCCAAAGUACCGUUGUGGCUCGUUUUCGCCACUCGAGUCUUCCUUGA